CAUGUUCUCGUCAGUCUCAGUCCAUAUUCUUUGUAACAUAUCCAACAUAGCACCCCAGGCCAGGCCACGGCAUGCUGCCUGGAGUAUUGUACGUCAUCUUUCCCGAACGAUUAUAGAUACAGGCAGCUGAUUGAAUGUUGCUGACUACGACGAACAACGGCAUUCAUUCAUGAGACAGGCGCCAGGCAAACAUAGUAUAUGUUAUAACAGGGUAAUGAAAUGUAUUGCACAAUUGCUGAACUUAGCAGUUUGGAAGAUAUUAAAGAUAACAUAUCACCUUUUACCUGUUUGCCCAAUGUACCAACUUAAGUCUCAAAACAAAAUCAUAUAUGACCCCCCUCAAAACAAAUAAAAAUUAAUUAAUUAAUAUAAAAAAAUAAAAAAAUAAACAAACAAACAAAAAAUUAUUAAUAGUUGAAGAUUAAGUUUUAUUUCAAUCGAAUAUACUCAACAGCACGUUUUCAAAGUCUCACUAUUCGUGGAACAGGAAGCAUUGCAAACACCAUCCUCAAGAACGAACAGCUUGCAAGUCUGAAACGAGAUAAGAUAGGACAAUUAGGUGUUGACUCCUUCGCACAAACCUGCACCUGACAGGAUAUUUCACAAAUAGAACAACAUUUUUGCUUGGUAUCCUUUUAGAAAUAUUCCCAAAACUCACCAAUAGCCUACAGAAGCGCCAUGUUCCCGGCAAUACUUGUCAUAGUUAUAUCUCUGCUGAAUGUUUCAAUCUGUGUCCCAAGCGUUCCAAUCAAUAAUAAUGACCCAGGUGGUCAUCGCUGUUACUCCUGUGCAAGUGUGGACAAUCCGUAUCUGUGUAACGUGACCACACAGUGCAGACCUGAUGAGCAAUGUUACACAGAAGAACAUUCAACAAAUCGUGGAUCUGCUAUUUUCAGCGUCGGGUGUCGAAGUAUUUCAGAAUGCUACUCGGCAUUCCACAGAAGAUCUGACUCCGGUAGGCGUGACGUGAAGGGACUCAAGUGUGAGGAGUGUUGCGAUGGCAACCUUUGUAACGCCGGCGGUUGCAGUGCAGGAGUACUUGCAGUUGGCAAGGGCAACGUGUGCUACAGCUGUCGCUUCAUAAAUGAUCCACGACGUUGCGUAUAUGAGACCAGAUGUCAGGCUGAUGAGCAAUGUUAUAUAGCGAAGGUGUUGACUCAAAACUUUGCUAUCAAGUAUAUCCUUGGAUGUGUUGAAAACGCGGAAUGUGAGACUCUAAACCAUUUUGGACCGCCUGUGGGGAAGCGGGACACGGCGAUCUCAACCAUGUGUGCUAGCUGUUGUAAUGGGGAUAAAUGCAACGAUGUAUGUUUCCCCCAAGGUAUACCACCAACGUCUUUAACAACCCCCAAGCAUCACUCAACCACCCAGAGAUCAUAUGUAACUACCAGUUCUUCCAUGACCAGCUAUACAACUUUCGUUGAAUCAAGUGGGGUGCGAACUACAAUGCCUCCAAUGACUAAAGAUACAACAAGCAGGACAUCAUAUACAAGUACUUCACGGACUAAAGAUACAACUGUCACAAGUGCUGUGCCAUCUACAAGUCCUUCAACGACUAAAGACACAACAGUCUUUCAUACAACAAGCGGGACACACUCUAGUCUCAUUCCUCAAUCCAGUGUUUCUGCAUUUAGUACCAUGGGACAUACAGUAAAAAUAUCCCCACUGACAAGCACCACACCAUCAAAGACGACCCAUGGCACAACCCCUGGAAAUGAACCUUUGUCGACUGUGUGUCACAAGGAAUGUGCCGGAUCAAUGGAAUGCCAUACGACUGAUGUACAGUUAUGCCGCAGCCCAACUCCUUACUGUUUCACACAAUUAGAUAUUUACGAUUCAGGAAACUAUAAUAUAAGUAAACGCUGUGCAGACAGAAACACGUGCAAUGACAAGUGGUUGAAACAAACGCAAAUUGAUAAUCGAUGCCUGCACUUCAAUCCGGGGAUGAAGGAAACCUUAACCUGCUUCUUCUGCUGUACAUCUCACAAAUGUAACAUGCAGAGCUUCCCACCAUAUAUGUCCUCGCUUUAUAAAGCAAAUGAUGAGUUAUAAAUCUGAAUCUAAACUGUCAGGCAAACGAGAGUAUACACUUGAAAAUUGUAAUUUACCAAGCUACAAACUUUGUCAAAAUGUCGAUGAAACAGUGCAAACUUAAGGUCAAAAACAUAACAUGGCAUCCGUAUUACAUACAUAACCAUCGAAUAACCAUUUUUUACUUCUUCUAUUUUAAGCCACCAUCAAACAUUGGUGUAUACUCCCUUUUUCCUGGCAGUUUAUAUUGAAAAUACCCGUGUGUAAGCUUGCCAAAUAAACUAAUAGAAAU